AUGCUUGAGCAAGGCCGUGCUCGGCCGGGCCAGAUACAUAUUUGUACCAGAGAAGCGCCAUAUAGCAGCCUUCUGGUCAGAUUUAGAUUUACGAUAAACAUACCAGACGCUUCCUGCUGCUGCCCGCAAAACAGUUACCGUGCCUUCGACACCAUCAUCGACUCAUUGCUAACCGUCGCUGAUCGCCGGCGGUUCGUCAAAACGCCGCCUCCCCUCACCUACUCGCCUAACGCCAGCGACCGUGGGCGUGAAUCGACCGCAGAGACCACACCCAUCAGCACUCCCGUGGUGCAAGCAGCAUCUCCGCAACUCGGACGCACCAGGAAGAACCGCGACCUCUACUUCUCCUGGCACCGCAAGCCGCACGAGCUUGGGGGCCAUAGGAGCCUGUUGUCGGAGCCCGAUCUUCUCUUCGAAGACACGGGCGACUGCAGCUUCCCACUGUUCCCAGAGAGCCCGCCACAGACCAUCCCACACCGCGACAUGGCGUCGACAGCCUCACCAAUCGACAUCUCGACUCCCCCGCGAUUCAACUCGUCUUCCCCGCGGAAUCAGACGUCCAACCUGACCUUUGCCCUCCAGGAGGCAGGCGCGAACCACGACUUGGCAGGCACCGCCCAUGCGAACACGGCAGGUGGCAACGAGUUCCGCGAUGGGCGCCUGAGCGUCGGGGGACGCAACGACUCUAUCAGCAAUGGACUCGGGUCCUCGUUCUAUGGCAGCGGCGCCCGGCCCAUCAGCAUGAAGGACAGGCCGCGGAGAGAGAGCAACAACAUGGGCAGCUUCGCCGGCGGUGUGAGCUGGGGCGGCGUAUCGGUGGGGUCCUGGAUCCGCGAUGACAUCUUGAUGACUGGCACUUCACCUGCGUUCAACCAGUCGCCCUCCUACCAUUCUUCCUCGUACCUGCCCAAGCUAGAAGCCAACUUUAUGAAAGACUUCACCUGCUGUGGCCUCACGCUCGCUUCUCUGCACGACCUUCUGCAGCACUUCGAAGAGACCCACGCUAAUGCCCCAGCCUCGCGGACCUCACAGUCAGCACAAGGCGGUCUGCCCCCGGUCACAGGAGCCUCAGCCGCAGGUGUCACAGCAGCUCAGACACAGACGCACGGAGAGCCAGCAGCGCACACACAGCAUGGAUUUCAGCCGAGGACAGGAUCGGUCGGCGGAUUCCGAGCACAACGACUCGGCUCGGAUGGCUUCAGCCGAACAAAUUUGUCAACUGUCCAAGACAUGGACUCCUUGGAGGACAUGGAAAUGGAUGACGUUGCAGACGCCCUUCCACCGAUCGAGGAGCAGCCGUCACAGUUCUCCUCACAACAGUCGCAGUUCAACCAGAACCAGAGCCAGUUGCAGCCGCUGAACGUGAACCUCGCAAAUACAAUGCAAGCUCACCAAGGCCUGCGAACUUCGACACCAACAACUCCUGCGGCGUCAAACCAGGGAUUCGGAUUGCAGAAUAAUCCCACCGUGUCCUCUGUGAAUACACCAACACUCGGAACAGUUCCCAUGCAGCAAAACGCCCAAAGCCGAAGUUCGCCAGAAUCCUCUCAUCCAGGCACCCCGGCUGAGCUUGACAUGUAUUUCUCAAAUAACUUCAAUCAACCCAUGAUGGGCCAAGUGCAGGAUGCCGAUAUCAGCUUUAGCAACAUGAACUUCGGGAAUGGCAUGGCCGGAUUCGAUGGAACAAUAGAUCAGCCUGGCAAGCGGCUAUUCAGCAAGGCAGGAUCUGGCCUUACCCAGCAACAGCUACAGAUGGCAUUCAAGAACUACCAGCUGGGCGGUGGAGGCGACCAGGGCGAAUUGGCGAAGAGGCUGCGAGAACAGCAACUGUUAGCUGGUGCAAACAUACCUCAGAUACCGUAUCAAGAGGAAGUCAAGCCGUUCAGGUGUCCGGUCAUUGGCUGCGAAAAGGCGUACAAGAACCAGAACGGUCUCAAGUACCAUAAGCAGCACGGUCACCAGAACCAACAACUCAAAGAGAACGAUGACGGCACUUUCUCGAUAGUCGACCCUCUGACCUCAAUUCCCUAUCCCGGCACAAUCGGUAUGGAAAAGGAGAAGCCUUAUCGCUGCGAAGUAUGCGGAAAGCGGUACAAGAACUUGAACGGACUAAAAUACCACCGAGCACACGCCCCGCACUGCAAUCCGGAGUUGAAGCUGGGCCAACUCGGCCUCGCAAACAAUAUUCAAGGCAUUAACGUGAAUGUUGCGGGCGCGGGCAUGACGGGCAUGGACACGUCGAUGUUCUAA